GAGGUGGAGAACGAGGUGUACGGCCGGUGUAUCUUCGAUGUUCGAGAGGAACUGUGAUUUGGCGAUAUCCACGCGGAGCUAUACGAGUAGUCUUCUCGCCUCCCGUUUUAACCGAAUCCAUGUCGCAGAGCGAUGUGGAAUUCGUCCAACAAGAUACCGAGAGAAACGGUCGCGCGAAUCGUACUGUCGCGUCUGCUACCGCCGAUAUUUCUCGGUUAUCGGGAUUUCGUGCGUGUGCCAAGGUUUCUGGCCCGGUAAGGGUGUACUUGGAGAGUCACGGCAAACUUCGAACGUUGUAUACUCCACGAGACGGCAAGCACAAAGCCUCCCAUAGAUGCUUUUAUGCUGCUGCUGCUGCUGCUGCUGAUACUGAUACUGCUGUUACUACCGCUCCCAUCGACAGGCAACCAGCGGCACUCUACAUCGAGGCGGAAGAACAGCCUAUCCUCGGUGAACAUCGCGACGUGAAAUUACAAUACGACUUGGAAGUACGACGACGACGAAAAUGGCGACCGCAACGGAGACGGCGACGGCAACAACAAAUCAACGACGAUCCAGAUACAAGAUACCGACUAUACAACGAGGAAGAGGAAGAGGACUGCAGGCCGUGUUCCAUGGAAGAAUUAGCGAAAGCCUACUGUCAGAGCGAUCUAGUGGUUAGAGGCACGGUCAACGCCGUAGAAAAACAGUUGAACUUGGAAGCUGCCGAACUCGUCGUCGGUGUAACCAAGACCUUGCGUCGAAUCGAAGAGAACGAGGGGAACAACGACGUGGACGUCACCGAGUUCCGCGACCGAAAAAAUGUUCGUGUCAGGGUACCCAGUAUCUGCGAUGCACGGCACGGCCAGGGUGAGUUUGUGAUAAUGGCUAAACGAAGGCUCGGUGACCUCAUUCUGGUUUGUGCACCGAGAUUGGAGACUUGGACGAUAACGGUUCGUGAGCUGGAAACUGCUCCCUGCGUCCUUCGAAGUUAGCUUUCGGUUUGGAAUCAAAUAUACUUGUAAAUAAUAAAUUGUAUUUUCUUGUUCGAUACUAUAAGAUACUAUAAGAUACUAUAAAAUACCAUAAAAUACCGUAAAAUACCAUAAAAUACCAUAAAAUAUUAUAAAAUACUAUAAAAUAUUAUUCUAUACUAUACUAUAUCUCGAUCUCUCGUUGAUCUCUGAACUGUGAUAUUGUUUUGUAAAGAUUGUAUAGUACAUAGAAUACACUCGUUGUACAUUCUUCGGAUUGCUCUCGAAUAACUGUAUACUUAACUUGUUCCGAUACAGAAUUAUCCGCUACCGUUCUCCGUUCUUUGUUCAACUACCGAUCCCCUUAUAUUCUUAUGAAAUUCUUACAUUUUCCAACUACAAUCAAU